UUCACUCAGAGGCGACUCUGCACUGGGUGAGGUGCAGCCUGUCACCUGACCAGCUCUGGAGCUGCCAGUGGCAUCAGGCUGCAUUCCUUGAAUUCUUCACCCAGCACUACCGCCACCGCAAUGAACAACUUCAGGUUCACUGAGCUGAGGGGAUUCCAUCUGCUGUGCCCUCGGAGUCCGCUGCCCGAGUCUCGCGCCCAGGCUCAAAACCUAUAGCUGAGUAACAGCAAGCUGCCUGUCUUUGAGGAGUAGCACGCAGAGAGUGUCAAAGAAGACCUCAAAUUCUGGAGAAAAAUGACCUUUCAAGGACUACGAAGUAUAUACUUCCUGCUGCAUGUUUCUAUCUUACUAACCUGUGAUAACUGAAACACGUGGUCCUGGGGCUGCCGAAGGUCAAUUGCUUAUCAAAUUUCCCAUCAUGCAUCAGCUGUUCAGACUGGUUUUAGGACAAAAAGAUCUUUCCCGCGCCGGGGACCUCUUCUCUUUAGAUGACUCUGAGAUUGAAGACAGCCUGACAGAAGCUCUGGAACAAAUUAAAAUAAUUAGCUCAUCUUCCGAUUACCAAACCAAUAACAAUGACCAGGCAGUGGUUGAAAUCUGUAUCACGCGAAUCACAACAGCCAUCAGAGAGACAGAGUCCAUUGAAAAGCAUGCCAAGGCCCUUGUGGGGCUCUGGGACUCCUGCUUGGAACACAACCUGAGACCCUCUGGGAAAGACGAAGACACUCCGCAUGCAAAAAUUGCUUCUGAUAUCAUGAGUUGCAUUUUACAGAAUUACAACCGGCCCCCUGUGAUGGCGUUAGCCAUCCCCAUAGCAGUGAAAUUCCUCCACAGAGGCAACAAGGAACUGUGCAGGAAUAUGUCCAACUACCUGUCCCUGGCUGCAAUCACCAAGGCGGAUCUUCUGGCUGAUCACACAGACGUUAUAGUAAAGAGCAUACUCCAAGGUAAUGCCAUGUUGUUGAGGGUGUUACCUGCUGUGUAUGAAAAGCAGCCUCAGCCAAUUAACAGACACCUGACAGAACUCCUGGCCUUGAUGUCUCAGCUGGAACAACCAGAACAGUACCAUCUUCUACGGCUUUUACAUGUAGCUGCAAAGAGAAAGCAACCAGAGGUGGUUCAGAAGUGUAUUCCUUUCCUAAUCAGGCAUUUGAAAGACUCAACCCAUAAUGAUGUCAUCCUAAACAUCCUCAUAGAGAUAGCAGGCUAUGAACCUGUGGCUUUGAACAGUUUUCUUCCCAUGCUGAAAGAGAUUGGUGAGAGAUUCCCCUACCUCAUCGGACAAAUGGCGAGAAUCUAUGGAGCUGUGGGGCAUGUGGAUGAAGAGAGAGCCAGGAGCUGCCUGCCAUUCCUGGUGAGUCAGCUGGCCAACAUGGAACAUUCGUUUCAUCAUAUUCUCCUGCUGGAGAUUAAGAGCAUCACUGAUGCUUUCUCCUCCAUCCUGGGCCCUCAGAGCAGAGAUAUCUUCCGCAUGAGCAACAGCUUCACUGCCAUUGCCAAGCUUCUUACCCAACAACUGGAAACUACCAAGGCCAGAAGCAGCAGGAGAAAACCCAGCAAUGAAAUUGAAUUCCCUGAGAAGCUGGAAGAAAUCAAGUUCACUGUAGCUGAAGAUGAAGACCAUGAAAAGCUCCAAGUUAAAAUACAGGCUUUUGAAGACAAAAUAAAUGCUGAGAGCAAUACUCCUAGCUCUAUAAGAAGAUAUAGUUUGGGCCAAUUUUCUAAGGAAGAAAGAAAAGACAUUAGAUUUAACAGGUCAAAGAGUUUGGCUUUGCACACUGUGCUAACAAAGAGCAUGAGUUCAGAUGAUGGGGAAAUUGUAGAGAGUGGAGAUAUGCCAGCUAGGAUCAUUCUUUCAGAAACAGAUCCACUUAGCCAAGGAAACGACAAGUUGCCCUUUAAGGCAAACUCUGACAGAUCACAGCUGAGAAAUUCUUCAGUUUCACACCCAAGUAUUAUACAUACAGAAUCAGAGAAUUUGCCAGAAACAGUUAAAGAAAACUGCCAGGAGGAAACUCCAGAAACAACUGCAAGUCCUGUAGAAUACCAAGAUAAGCUCUACUUGCACUUAAAGGAGAAUUUCAGUGAAGUAAAGGCAUACGCUGUGGAAAUCGGAAAGAAGAUUCCAAUCCCUGAUCAGUGUACCAUUGAAGAUUCUGUUAGAAGUUGUGUAGCAAAGUUGUUCUUUACCUGCUCCCUGAAGGGUCAUUACUGCCUCUACAGUAAAUCCAGUUUUAUUCUCAUCAGCCAAGAGCCUCAGCCAUGGAUCCAGAUCAUGUUCCUCUUUCAGCAGAGCCUGUUUCCUGAGCCACUGUCUAUACAGAGUCAUUCUGUACAAUUCCUCAGAGACCUGUGGGAGAAGACCCAGGCAGACGGUGCUCACAGCUUUGAAACAGCCAUGAUGGAGUCCACAUUUCCACAGCAGAAGGAUCUGGACCAGGUACAGCUCCAUCUGGAAGAAGUGAGAUUCUUUGAUGUAUUUGGCUUCAGCGAAGCAGCAGGAGCAUGGCAAUGCUUCAUGUGCAACAACCCCGAGAAAGCGACUGUUGUAAACCAAGAUGGCCAGCCUCUCAUAGAAGGAAAACUUAAAGAGAAGCAAGUCAGAUGGAAGUUCAUCAAAAGGUGGAAAACUCGUUAUUUUACGCUGGCCGGAAAUCAACUUCUGUUUCAAAAAGGAAAGUCUAAAGAUGAUCCUGAUGACUCCCCAAUAGAACUCAGCAAAGUACAGAGUGUGAAAGUUGUGGCCAGGAAACGCAGGGACCGCUCCCUCCCUCGGGCUUUUGAAAUCUUCACAGACAAUAAAACCUAUGUUUUCAAGGCCAAGGAUGAGAAGAAUGCAGAAGAGUGGCUCCAGUGCAUCAAUGUGGCUGUUGCCCAAGCAAAAGAAAGGGAAAGUAGAGAAGUAACCACAUAUCUGUAGGGAUUUGCAAGCCGACCUCACACUGAUUGUAUACAAUGGGCAUUGCAUUAUCACUGCCAAUGUCAAGAAAGAAGAGAUAAAUUAGCCAAGUCACAUUGUGUUUUUACUGAAUGGAACAGUUUUCCCUAAGAAGCAGAACCCAAAAGUGGCAGGAUUUUUAUACAUUUCGUAUUCUAAUGGCACCUGCAUUAACUCCAGAACAUCUGUAUGAUGCAUUCAGGAAAAGGAGCUACAGAUGAUACAGGGAAGAAAGGGGAGAGUCAGGGAUCUAGGAACCCCUGUAGAUAUGCCAUUGUAAGUUGUAAGAAUACAACUUCACAAGGUACCUGAAAUACUUAUCCCAAGGAAAGAUUAAGCACCUCUGAUGAAAACUAUAGUCUGUCAAAGUAUUAGAAGAAAAGUAAAGCCCUAUGAGGAAAAGUCAAACAUAUAAUGUAAUAUAGACAUACAAUUAUGUUUAUUCUUUCCUAAUGCAAAUGAGGCUAACACAUGGUAAAAUUGUUCUCAAGUGAAGACAGUUAUGUAAUUAAAUGUCUGUCUUUCCGAACAACUUAUCUGAUUGUUCUGUUUAGGUUCACAUAACAUGAUCUAAAGUUUAGGUACUUAGAUAUAUCUAUUGCCCAAGGCAGUAAGUGUAAGCUACAACAAGCACAGAAAACCAUUUUCACCAUCUUCAAAGUAUGUGCCAUUUCCAUCAAGUUUUGAGAUGUUACAGUUCUAUACUUUUCUUCCUUAUAUUCAGUCGUUUAAUAUCUCCAAAUUACAUUUUAUGGUUUUUUCCAUCACUCAUGUUAAAAAAAAAAAUUAAGCUGUGGUGGGCAGAAUUAUAGGAUGAUUCCCAAUGGUCUAUACCCUGACCCUUCCCCUUGACUUAUAACUUGCUUCUAACUAAUAAAAUAUGGCAAAAAGAAUAGGAUAGUCUCUCCCAUGACUAUGGUACAUUACGUGGCAAAGGUGAAGAAGUUUCUUAAUCAACUGACUUUGAGUCAGUCAAAAGGAUGUGCACAAAAGUGUGCAUGAUCUAAUCACAUGAACCCUUUAAAAAAGAGUGAACAAGUCAGAGACUCUCUCUUCCACUGGCUUUGAAUAAGCAAACUGCAAUGAAUUCUACAACUUUAAGGGAAUGGAUUUUGCCAACAACCAAUGAGCUUGGAAGAAGAUCCCAGCCCCAGCCAACAUCUUGACUGCAGCUUUGCAAAACCCUGAGCAGAGGACCUGGGUAAGCCAUGCUUGGACAUAUGACCCAGGAGAACUUUGAGAUAAUAAAUAUAUGCUGUUUUAAGUGA